AUCAUUCUUUCGAAAUGCGCAAAAGCCUAAAAGGGGUACGUUCAAGACUCCAUUAUUUCUUCCCUAACAUAUUUCUCACUUCUCUUCUUCCCUCUUUUUGACUGGUAACUUUAACACUUGUAAUACUUGAUUUCCCUUCCCAAAAAAAUUCAAGAAAAAGUUGCCAGCUUGAUGAAACCCCACAUUUGUUAAGCCUAAAAGAAAUUGGGGAAGAAAUUAAGGAGGGUGAAGCAGUACGUACACCAGUUCCAUAGUGGAAAAUGAACUCAUUAAAAUCACCUUCCCUGCAGAAAGAUAAUUCGAACUACAAGUUUAUGCAAACAAAGGGCUCUAAUAAAAAUAAAGACUUGUCAGUUUCAGCAAGAAAACUGGCGGCCACUCUCCGGGAAAUUAAUGGGGUUGCUGCUUCUAAAGUGAAUGAGGAUUUGGAGGAAAAGAAUGAUGUUGAAUUGGUUAAAAAAGAAAGAAUUUUGAAGUCAUCUAAAUUGGGUUCAGUAGCUCUGCAAUUCUCUGAUCCGUUUCAUGCCCCUGUUUCUGAGAGAAUGGAGCGAUCCGAAGUGGGUAGUCAUAGAAGAAGAAAACUUAUGAAGGCUGAUUUUUGUCUCCAAAAUGGUUGCUUUAUGGAGCUUGAUCAGACACAAAAUCACGCACAAACUCUAAGCAGAGAACGGUUGAAGGAUGUUUAUAAUGGCCUUACCACAUCUAAAGAGCUGUUGCAUGUUCUGAGUCAUGUCUGGAAUCUCGAACAGCAGAAAUCUACAUGUUUAUCCCUUUUCUCAUCUAUAAAAACUGAGCUUGACCAGUUGUGUAAUCAGGUGUCUAAACUGAUACAUGAACACAAAUAUAACCACAGUGAAGUUGAUAUCCUCUUGAAGAAGUUUGAAGAAGAAAAGAUGGCCUGGAAGAUAAAAGAGCAAGACAACAUUCAUACUGCCAUUACAUCCGUAGCGAGGGAGCUCAAGAUAGAAAAGAAGCUGAGGAACCAAACUGAGAGAUUAAAUAAGAAGCUUGGUAGAGAAUUGGCGGAUACAAAGGCAUCUCUUUCGAAGGCAGUUAAAGAGCUUGAAGGCGAGAAGAAGGACAGAGAGAUAUUGGAGCAAGUCUGUGAAGAAUUAGCCAGAGGUCUCGGAGAAGAUAGAGCUGAGGUGGAAGAAUUGAAGAGACAAUCUGCUAAAAUUAGUGAAGAGGUGGAGAUGGAACGGAAAAUGCUUCAACUAGCUGAUGUGAUGCGCGAGGAAAGAGUUCAAAUAAAGCUUUUAGAUGCCAAGUAUCAAUUUGAGGAGAAACAUGCAGUUGUUGAUAAGUUAAGGAAUGAACUUGAAGCCUAUUUGAGAUCCAAAAAGGGCCACGAACAAGGCGGUGAUUCGCAUAAUUUUGAAACGAUCAAUGAGCUCGAGAGAUGUUUGAGAGAAACACUUCUAAGCACAUACCAUUACCAAGAUAAAGAAAAGGCAGAUGGAGAAGUACUCAAUAAGGAAGAGAAUGGAGACAAGGAUGAUUCAGCUGAUAGCGAUCUUCAUUCCAUUGAAUUAAAUAUGGGUGAUAAUGGCAAGAGCUAUCAAUGGUGCACUGCUUUACAGAAUGAUACAGAAUUUUCUAUUUCUGAUAAGAAUAAAGAGAGGAGGUCCAUCUCGGAGAAAUUCCCAAGACAAAGCAUUUCCUUAGGAAGGGAAACUUCAGAUGGCAUAGAGUGGGAAUUCUCCGUGGGAGAGAAAGAAAAUGUGAACACUUUGGAUAGAAGAAUCUCAAAUUUUCAUAACAAUGGAGGAAUACUAAACUUCUCUUCUCAAGCAUGGAAAAAGGAUUGUGGAGAUGAGAUCGAGAGAUAUAAAAUGAUCAAGGAUCUUCGAGAUCAUAUUGUUUCUGCUUCAAGAAUAACAUCUUCUCAAGACUUUUCUAGUCCAACCGAGAAUUGGAGUCAGCAGAGAUUUUCUUUCGAUGAUCCUAACAAAGUGACGGGCAAGGGCUUUUCCGUCUUGUAGGAAGCAACCUGAACGAAAGCCAGAAUGCCAUUUUCAAGAAUCCAUCAUAAAAGGCAUGCUUCUCUUCCUGAUCCACAGAUUGCAUAAUUAGAUGGACAUAAUUAUGUUGUUCUUUGUCUGAACUAAUAGCUGAAUAUUUAGGCUUGUGAACAGAAUCUUGUGUUUUCGCUGUUUGUACAAGAUAAACCGUACAAAAAUGUGCUAAUGUUCUCCUGGCAACAAAGAGCCCACAAGUGUAUUUUGCUGUGAACUUUAUGCAUUCUUCAAUACUUUAUAUGAUUCUCUUCCUUUCUGAAGCCCUAAUGGUUCCCUAGUAUCGAAUCGGCUCCUUCCGUGUUCUUCAUGUGUUUCAUCGUGUCCACUUCUGUUAUGCU